GAUGUGUGCGCAUGCUCGCCGCCAUGAUUGGAAAAGAUGAUUGUCUCCGAGUCGCGUCUUUGUCAGUCCAGGCCCCGCAGCCGGUGACCAGGGUUUCUGGCCAUCUCCGCAGGUCUCGGAGGGCCUGCUGUGCCUGAGGCUGCUGGGUCCCUCCUGCUGACUCCUUCCCGACUCUGCCUAAUCGGCCCUGGGUAGCUCCUGGGGCAACAGAGGGAGGAUUCAUUCCUGGGGAGACAGAUCAGAGAGCCCCACAGUGAAGGAAGGUCCAAGCUCUGCAAGAAGGUGAAUGUGGAGGAAGAUCCCACAUCUGACUUGAGAUCUUUGACUAGAGCUUUGGGGCAGAAAGGAGCAGGUCCUGGAGCUGCUGGUGCUUUAGCAAUUUUCUGAUCCACCUGCCUGGUUAGAUAGCAAUUGGGUGACAGCAGAACACCCAGAAGCCAUUGAGAAGUGGCUGACCAUGGAAGAUCUGACCCAAAUGCUUGGGGAGAGAGCUCUGCUUUCUCAGGACUCUACCUUUCCCCAAGAGGGGAGCAUGGAGGAAGAGAGAAUUAACUCUGGGCUCCUGACAGCCAAAUCCCAGGAGUCAUUGACGUUCAAGGAUGUGGCUGUGGACUUCACCCCGGAAGAAUGGGGGCAGCUGUACCCUGCUCAGAGGGACCUGUACAGGGAAGUAAUGCUGGAAAACUAUAGGAACCUGGUCUCAUUGGGGCAUCAAGUUUCCAAACCACAUUUGAUCUCCCAGUUGGAGCAAAGAAAAGAACCUUGGAUGAUGGAGAGAAAAAUCCCAAGAGGGAACUUCCCAGACUGGGAAACUAGACCUGAAACCAAGAAAUCAACUCCAAAGGAGGAUGUUGCUGAUAAAGAAUUAUCCCAGGAGGUGAUAAUGAAAAGACUCCCAAGGGAUGGUCUCUGCUGUUCUACAUUUGGAGAGGCCUUGGAAUGUGAUGGCCAGUUAGGGAAGCAGCAAAGAAUCAAGGAGAGAAUGUUAAAACAAAUGUCAGUCACCCACAAGAAGAACUUGAGUGGUAAGAACCAUUCUGAAUGUAAUGAACUUGGAAUAAGCCUUAGUUUGAGAUCAAUAUUUGUUACCCAACCGAGAAGUUCUAUAGGAAGGAGAUGCAGUAAAUGUAAUACAUGUGGAAAGGUCUUCAAACAUAAUUUAGACCUAGUUAAGCAUCAGCAAAUCUGUGCAGGGAAGAAACCCUAUGAAUGUGAUGACUGUGGAAAAACCUUCAGUCAGAUUUCAUACCUUACCCAACAUCGGAGAAUUCAUACUGGAGAGAAACCCUAUGAAUGUAGUGAAUGUGAGAAAGCCUUUAGCCAGAUUUCGUAUCUUACCCAACAUCGGAGAAUCCAUACUGGAGAAAAACCCUAUGAGUGUAAUGAAUGUGGGAAAACUUUCAGCCAGCGUACACACCUUACUUGGCAUCAGAGAAUUCAUACUGGUGAGAAACCUUAUAAAUGUAAUGAAUGUGGGAAGGCCUUCAGCAUCACUUCAUCACUUAAUAAACAUUGGAGAAUUCAUACUGGAGAAAAACCCUAUGAAUGUAUUGAAUGUGGAAAAGCCUUUAGCCGAAGUACAGCUCUUACUCAACAUCAGAGAAUUCAUACUGGAGAGAAACCCUGUCAUUGUAGUGAAUGUGGAAAAGCCUUUAGCAGAAGAACAGCCCUUACUCAACAUCAGAGAGUUCAUUCAGGAGAGAAACCCUAUCAUUGUAAUGAAUGUGGAAAAGCCUUCAGGCAGCACAGAGCCCUUACUCAACAUCAAAGAAUUCAUACAGGAGAGAAACCUUAUCAAUGUAGUGAAUGUGGAAAAGCCUUCAGCAACCGGUCAUCCCUUAUUCAACAUCAGAGAGUACACAGUGGAGAGAAACCCUAUGAAUGUAAUGAAUGUGGGAAAGCCUUUAGUUGGAGGACACACCUUACUCAGCAUCUAAGAAUUCAUACAGGAGAGAAACCUUAUCAGUGUAAUGAAUGUGGGAAAGCUUUCAGUGACAGAUCAUCUCUUACUCAACACCAGAGAAUUCAUACAGGAGAGAAACCCUAUCAAUGUAAUGAAUGUGGGAGAGCUUUUAGCCGUAAUUCAUCUCUUACUAAACAUCAGAGAAUUCAUAUUGGAGAAGACCCCUAUGAAUUAAAUUAAUUUAGGAAGUUAUUAAUUAAUUCAUACUGGAAAGGAACCCUAUGUAUGAGGGAGACCUUUCUUGUACAAACUGAGACCUCAGUGGACAUUACUGCAAAGUCUCUGAAGAAUAACACUGAAAAUGAAGUGGAUUUAGAGAAAUUUCUUUCAGACUCAUAAAUAUCCUUGAAUUAUAGAAUUAUAUAAUUUGAGUAGAAAGGGACAUUAGAGAUCAUUUAGUCCAACUCAUUCCUAAGCAGAAAUGUCUCUAAAUCAUCUCUGCCAAGUGGUCACCCAGCCUCAGUUUGAAGGUUCCCAGUGUGGAGAAAAUUCACUACCCCUCCCCCCAAGACAUCAUUCUACUUUUGAACAGUUUCAAUUGUUAGAAACUUUUCCCUUAAAUCAAACUGAAAUCUGCUUUUCCCCCAUAUUUCUAACUUUCAUAUGUUGUCUUCUGCCAUUACAAUGUAAGCUCCUUGAGGGUAGG